AUGUCGAACCAUCAAGCGCUCGUUGAAGCGCUUUUGAUGAAAUCAAUACUUGGUCAAGAGCUCGUUGAUACGGAAUUCCACCUAUUUUCAAGACGCUCAGAAAAUCCACGUAAAGUCACCAGACUCCAAGCGUUGUCGGCCAACGACGUUGCUCUGACAGCACGCUCCGAAUUUUUCGCUGAACUAUUGUCUAGAACGGGACCAUCUGAUGUCACAUUUGUCGACUUCGAUGGUGGCUCAGUAUUCGAGGAUGGCAUGGCCCUGGAUGACUAUGGAUACGCAUCUGACAGCGAUCUUGAAGAUGAAGAAGAGGAAAAGGAAAAGACUGGCCAAAAACCAGUCAGCGAUGAGACUGCCGUCCUCGAGGACAUGAGCGAAUCGGAUGACGAUUUACUUGUUGUGGCGGAUGCUGAGUCUGAAAUUGACUCGAAAGUUGGUGAUCCCAUCCCGACUGGCCCAUCGCAAGCAACGGCGUCUAUCACCUCUGCCCCAACUCAACGUAAGUCACAGGUUGUCAACUGCAGGAACAUACUAGUGCGAGACACAGCCUUCAAGACAUGGAAAGCACUCUUACUGUAUCUGUAUACCAACAGGAUUGUCUUCUCGCCAAUCAAGUCUCAGGGACAACCGAGAGCUAAUGUAGAGGCACCUAACCCUAGUACAUUGUGGCCAUGCUCACCAAAGUCUAUGUAUCGUUUGGCGUGUAAGAUGCGACUUGACGGUCUUCGCGACCAAGCUUUCUCUGCAAUACGCAGCAGUUUGGAUGCAGGAAAUGUUCUCCGAGAACUUUCUUCUUCGUUUACAUCCAAGUAUCCCGCAAUCCUGCAAAUGCAUAUAGAGGUUCUACUCCAGCACAUCACGUCCGCCCCUGUCAUCCAGAAUAUCCCUUCGCUGGUCAGGAGGAUCGCUGACUCGCAAUUACCACAUGGAUCAGACAUCAUCAUUGGUUUGUACCAGAAAUUCCUGCUGCAGUAUCAUCCUAAGGCGCUUGCACUUGCAAAUGCGCCGGUGCCUGAGCCAGGUACUAGUACUAAAAACAAGCCCUCCGAAGGUGGGAAGCAGAAAAAAAAAUGUAACUGUCGUUAA